AACAAUAUUACUACUCUAUAAAAUGGCACGACCUAUUCAUUUAAAACGGUUCUAUUACUUCCAUCCAAUAAAUCUCACUCUUUUUCUCUUCCCUCUCAGUAAGCAAAACCGUUCUGUGAAUAAACAACUUUUUCUAUCGAUCAGCACAGCUUGUUUUGAUUGCUCUUCAAAUGGAUGCUUUCGAUUUCGGUACUGAAAAAAUGGAAAACAGAGUAAUUCUGAUAUUCCACAGUUUCAAAAGCGUUGCCAAGCUUUUCCGAAUUGUUGAGCUUUGCGUUGGAGUUUUUGUGGUCUUAUGGAGUUCUACUCGGUUACCUUUUGUCGUCAAAAUUUCCGGCGAGUAUUUCCGUCAACUCAUCUCCAUAAUACUUAGCCCUCUCUUCAUUUUCCUUAUUAGCAACGUCAUCGUUCUCACUCUCUUCUUCAAAUCUGGCCGAUUCUCCGUCGAUUCAUCAACGAUCUCAAAUAACACCGAAACUGAACUCUACGAUUCAUUCAUCGAAAAGGAAACAUGCUCCGGGAAUUUCACCGCCGAAAACUCCUCACCGGCACCGGCACGUGAGCAAACUGUCUACCAAGACAAACAGACUAUACUUGAAGUGAAUGCUCAGACGAUUUCGGAAUCAGACGGUUCCGAAGAAACAGAGACGGAAACUGAAAAGGAUUUUUGUUCUCAAAUUCCACGGAGAACUAAAUCGGCCAAGUUUAAUAGGGGAAGCAACAAGGAAAUAUACGGUAAGCUCCGUAGAUCGGAGACAGAGAUGUGCCGAAAAAUCGAUAAUUCCGUUGAUCCGUCGGAAACGGUUUAUCCAGUGGAUGAAUUAAGCAAUGAAGAGUUUCAGAAAGCCAUUGAGGAUUUCAUUGCUAGGCAAAUCAAAUUUCAUCAGGAAGAGAAGUUGGCUAUUGUUCUUCAUAGCUAAACUUAACAAAAGUGUAUUUCUUAAUAUUUACUGUAUUGCCCAUUAAAAGUAAAAAAAUAAAAAAUUAGAUAACAUAAAAUUAGGGGUUAAUGUACAGAGUUAAUGAAUAAUAGGAAGGAGGCGUAAAUCUGAUGUGGAAAAUAGGGGGAGAGCUUGUAGUUAAUCUGAGCCGUUGAUCUUUGCAGCGGAUAAAGAAGAUUCAGUAAAAUUCCGUGAAUGCGGUUGCGCUCGCUGUUUUACAAGAGUGGGCUAUGGUUGUUAGGCUCAGAAAAUUAAAAAAAGUGUGGUUUGGUUUAGUUUUCUAUCUUUUGUAUUAAAAUUAAUUAAUCAAGAUGGAAAAAGGGAGGGAAUGUAUUCUCAAAUUCCCACUUAUGUUA